CCAAUUACCUGUCUAACCUAAGGUAUGAAGGGAGGGCCAUAUGCUGCAAGGGAGACAGGAAGACGACUGUCUGGCUCAACCUUCCCAGACUCAACAUAACAGUGGCUUUGUUGUGCCACUGGUAAGCCUGCUGUUCUGCUAUUCUGACUUAUUUUUCCCGGCUCGCAACUAAUAAUACCUCUCUCUUUUCAAUAUAGGCUCUCUUUUACUUCAGCCACCAAGUUAUAUUUCACCCGCUAAGGGCCUACCCCGGGCCACUUAUCGCCAAGUUCACCAACGCCUACGGGGCAUUUCAUGUUGUUCGUCGAUGCAUGCAUCUUGCUACGUAUAGCGAUCAUUUACAAUAUGGCUCUGUGGUGCGAUCAGGGCCUAACCGUCUUGUGUUCAACACCGCAACGGCAGUACAUGAUAUCUACGCAAAUGCACGUGUCAACAAAGGACAUUCGUACUCCUAUGUAAGUCGCAGUGGAAACCCCAGUAUGUGGUCCACCCUGGACAGAGAAGCACAUCACCGGAAACGCAAGCUGGUCGGACCCGUCGUCUCAGAGCGUUGCGGGCGUCUUGCCGUUGAUAUCGUUGGCCUACUGGCAUUUGGCUAUCCGCUUAAUACCCAAACUGAGGACACCAACAAGCUCGUUCCCGAAUACUUUCCAUCCCCCUUUGCUUUCCGGCCCGGGCGCUGGUUGGCGCACGAACACGAGAUGGACCAAGAACGUGAAGUGCGCGUUACCACGAGGCGCGCGUUCCAACCUUUCUUGCUGGGCGAUCGCGGCUGGGCGGGAAAAGCUAUGGCGUAUUUGGAAUUGAGCAUGGCGCUGGCUAAGACGAUCUGGUACUUUGACUUUGAGAGGGUGCCCGGCGAAGCGGGCAAGGCAGGGGAGGGGAUUCCGGGGAGUGACGGCUGGCGCGGCAGGCGAGAUGAGUUUCAGUUGUACGACGGCGUUGUUGUCAGCCACGACGGUCCAAACCUCGUUUUCAAGACGCGCGGGAGGUAUUGGGAGGACAUGGAGGCGAGUGAAGCACGUUGAUCUGCUCAUAUAUAUACGCGAUGUUAGGUAGCAUGUGCAUUUGUCGCCAUCUGCAUAGUUGAGAUCUCGUUAAAUAAACUAUGUAACAAAAUCUUGUUGGUAGUAGAAUAGAACGAGGAGACAUAGUACGAGAGUUAGAAGAAAGUAAGGAAAAGAAAAGACGUAACUAGCGAUACAACGUGAAUAGUUCAAGUCAUCUCUGGUCUCUGGCUACUAAAAAUAGAACCC